AUGUUUUUUUUCUCCCCCACCCCCCCUUGGCCUUGCGGGAUUUGCAGCCGGGUCUCCCGCUGUGGAACCCUCAAUCGACUGCCGCCCCACCGGCACCAUCACUUUCAACUCAAAUACCGGGCGAGGUGCAUUAAUUCCGGUCAAGUGGCGCAUGGUUGUAGACAUUGGCUGUGA